GCUUCCUCCCAUGGACGCGCCAUGUCGUGCUUGUGCUUUGGGGCUCCGUGUUGGACUCGUACGCAGUGCAAACUCCCAACACCCUUUUUUUAAUGCCAUCCUCCCCAUCCUGCCUUCUUUUCCUGCCCUCGACUUUCCCUCGUUCACUUGACAAUAUAUAUCAUCAAAAAAGAGCAGUCACCAUUUCUUGUUGUGGUGUCGCUCCUCCCUCGCUAUUUAUCAUUUAAUUAUCCUUCUGUUGGGAAUCCUCACUCUCUUGGAUCCUAACCCUUGAUUAAUUUUGUCUUCUCUGCCAAACGGGCGACCAUUACUACCAUUUUUGACGAGACACUGAGCUCCAAACGAGACUUCUAUCUGCAAGGACUACCGUUAACUCUCUCAUCAUGCGUACUUCCACUAUCGCCGCCCUCGCUUUGGGUGCUGGUGUAGCUUCAGCGGCUACCGUGAAGCGAGCGAGCUCCAUCACCUCUGUGACGGUCAAGGGCAAUGCUUUCUUUGCCGGCAAUGAUCGCUUCUACAUUCGUGGCGUCGACUACCAGCCUGGUGGCUCCUCCAAUGUCGCCGACCCUAUCGCCGACGUGGAUGGCUGCAAGCGAGACAUCGCGGAAUUCAAGAAGCUGGGUCUGAACACUAUUCGUGUCUACACUGUCGACAACACAGCCAAUCAUGAUGAGUGUAUGAGUGCUUUGGCAGAUGCUGGCAUCUACCUUGUACUCGACGUCAAUACCCCCAAGUACUCUUUGAACCGAGCGGAUCCCAACCCCUCCUAUAACGACGUGUACCUGCAAAGCAUCUUUGCAACCAUUGACGAUUUCCAAAAGUAUGACAACGUUUUGGCCUUCUUCUCUGGCAAUGAAGUUAUCAACGACCCCGAGUCUUCAGCCGCUGCUCCUUAUGUCAAGGCUGUCACUCGUGACAUGAGACAAUACAUCCGCAACCGAGGCUACAGAACAAUCCCCGUUGGGUACUCUGCCGCUGAUGUUAGUGAGAACCGUUUGGAAAUGGCUGAAUACAUGAACUGCGGUACUUCCGACGAACGAUCUGAUUUCUUUGCUUUCAACGAUUACUCAUGGUGCGACCCUUCGUCUUUCACUCAGUCUGGUUGGGAUCAGAAGGUCAAGAACUUCACUGGAUACGGUCUUCCUCUUUUCCUGUCCGAGUAUGGCUGCAACACCAACACCCGUGAGUUCCAGGAAGUCGAGUCCCUCUACAGCACUCAAAUGACUGGUGUUUACUCCGGCGGUCUUGUCUACGAAUACUCUCAGGAGCCCUCUAACUAUGGUCUUGUGGAGAUCAAUGGCAAUUCGGUUUCUGAACUUCCCGACUUCUCGGCACUUCAGUCUCAAUUCUCCAAGACCCCUAACCCACAAGGCGAUGGUGGUUACAACUCGACUGGUGGUGCCUCUGGAUGCCCGGCCUACAACAACCCCAACUGGCUUGUCAAGACCGACGCCCUUCCAGCUAUCCCCGAGGGUGCUAAGAAGUUCAUGACCUCUGGUGCUGGUAAAGGUCCAGGUCUUUCGGGUGCUGGCUCUCAGAAUGCUGGUGGUGCCUCUACCGGAACCGCCACUGCUGGUAGCGGACAAGCUAGCCAAACGGGUUCCUCCAGUGGUGGCUCGUCCACCUCAUCUUCAACCAACGGUGCCAUCGCCAUGGCGGUUCCAGAAUGGUCUUUCGCUCCUAUGGUCUGCGGUGCUGUUUUGGUCAUGUCAUCUCUCUUCGGUGCUACACUGUUGUAGACUGGCAUAGCACUUUUUGUACAAGAAAUUCGUUUCUACAUGGAAAACCAGAUGAGCCUCUUUUGAAAUGAGGGGGGCGGACGAAAAUACAUACGUGUUGUCUCUCUUUUUUUGGUCUGAACAGAAGAAAUCGACAAGGUUGCAGGGAGUGACUUAACAAGGAGGCGUUUAUCAACAUUGGCCUGAAACAUACCUAGGAAGGUAGUUUUUGGGGGGAUGCUUUUCCUUAUGCAAUAGACUUUGCGUUUUGGUAGUCAAAUAAUUGAUCAGAAACAUGAUUAGUAUGAUUGAG